GGAGGUUGAGGAACUUAAACUGUGAGUUUAAACUGAAGCUGGUGAGGCUGAACGUCUUUUGGACUAAAGUGUGAAACAGAGAAGAGUUUGAGUUUGAGUUUGGCACUGUCACGUCUGCUCAGGCUGCUGAAAGUGAAAGUGAAGCUGCAGAGAGAGCCUCAAGAGAAAAGAGACUUUACUGUAGAGACAAAAUGGCUUCUAAAAUGGAGGACGAUCUCACCUGUCCUGUGUGCUGUGACAUCUUCAAGGAUCCUGUCAUUUUAACCUGCGCUCACAGCAUCUGUAAAGCCUGUCUGCAGCAGUUCUGGGAGAGCAAAGGACACAGAGAAUGUCCCUACUGCAGGAGGAAGUGCUCAAAAGAUGUCUAUCCCCCUAACAUGGCGUUAAGGAACCUGUGUGAGACCUUCUUACAGGAACAAAGUCAGAGAGCUUCAUCAGGGUCUGAUGUGUUCUGCAGUCUGCACAAUGAAAAACUGAAGAUCUUCUGUCUGGAAGAUAAACAGCCUGUGUGUGUGGUGUGCCAGAUAUCAAAGAAACAUAAGAAUCACACCUUCAGUCCGAUAGAUGAAGCAGCACAGGACCGUAAGGAGGAGCUCAAGAUCAAAUUGCAGCCCUUACAGACAAAACUGAAGACCUUUAUAGAGGUCAAACUCAUCUGUGAUAAAACAGCAGCACAUAUUAAGACACAAACCCAACACACAGAGAGGCAGAUCAAGCAGGAGUUUGAGAAGCUUCACCAGUUUUUACUAGAUGAAGAGACAGCCAGGAUAGCUGCAGUGAAGAAGGAAGAGAAGCAGAAGAGUCAGAUGAUGAAGAAGAAGAUUGAGAAGAUGAGCAGAGAGAUCUCAUCUCUUUCAGACACCAUCAGAGCCAUAGAGGAGGAGAUGGGAGCUGAUGACAUCACAUUCCUGCAGUCUGAACCCAAACCCACAGCAGCACUGACUCCUGAAUGUUAUUCCAGAGCCCAGUGCACACUGCAGGAUCCAGAGAGGGUUUCAGGAGCUCUGAUCAAUGUGGCAAAGCACCUGGGCAACCUGAAGUUCAGAGUCUGGGAGAAGAUGCAGGAGACUGUUCAGUACACUCCUGUGACUCUGGAUCCCAACACUGCACACCCAAAUCUCAUCCUGUCUGAGGAUCUGACCAGUGUGAGAUAUGGUGAUGAGGUGCAGCAGCUUCCUGAUAACCCAGAGAGAUUUGAUGAGUAUGUCAGUGUGCUGGGCUCUGAGGGCUUUAACUCAGGGACUCACUGCUGGGAUGUGGAGGUUGGAGAGAACACAUUCUGGGCUGUGGGUGUGAUGACAGAGUCUCUCCAGAGGAAGGGAGACUACAGCUCCAGGAGUGGAGUGUGGACUGUGUGGUAUUAUGAUGCUGCAUAUAGAGCACAUGCUUCUCCUCAUGACUCCACUCACCUCACAGUGCAGCAGAAACUCCAGAGGAUCAGAGUGCAGCUGGACUGGGACAGAGGAGAGCUGUCAUUCUCUAACCCUGAUAAUAACACACACAUACACACCUUCACACACACGUUCACUGAGAGAGUGUUUCCAUUCUUCAUUAGUUACAGUAAUGUUCCUCUGCAGAUGUUACCAGUGAAGGCCUCAGUAAGAGUAGAGCAGCACAGUUAGAGCUGAUACUGACUCUGAACCAGGGAUGACAUACUGAGAGGGAAACCUAUAGGAGAGGACACUAUGAAGAAACAAAGCCAUUUAAUAAACAGUAAAAAUAUGUCUCAUUGUGUGGAUAUUAAUGUUAAAGGUAUGCUAAUGCCCACCUCGUUUAGCUUGCUGCAUGUACUGUGCCUAGUUUCAUUAUAUACAGCAAUGUUGUGAUAUUCAAUACAAUUGGAUUGGUAAAUGAAUAAGGACAAUAAAACAUUAAAAGCAUUAA